GCAAAGCCCAGGCCAUUGUUCACGCUUCCAAGUCAUCGAUGGGAAUGGAUAUCUCAGAAAUCGAUUUAAUUAAUAUCGAAAUGUUUACCUCAAAAGUCAUCUCUUUAGCCGAGUAUAGGAAACAAUUAAUGGAGUAUUUGAUGUCUCGCAUGCAUAACAUCGCUCCCAAUUUGGCCACUCUUAUCGGCGAAACGGUCGGCGCUCGACUCAUAUCACACGCGGGAAGUCUAAUGAAUUUAGCGAAAUAUCCGGCCUCUACUGUCCAGAUAUUGGGCGCAGAAAAGGCUUUGUUCAGAGCGUUGAAGACCAAAGGAAAUACUCCCAAAUAUGGUCUCAUAUUUCACUCGACUUUCAUCGGACGCGCGGGCGCUAAGAAUAAGGGAAGAAUUUCCCGCUUUUUGGCCAAUAAGUGCUCAAUCGCUGCGCGAAUCGAUUGUUUCAAUGACUUCCCGACCGAUAUAUUUGGAUCGAAACUGAAAGAACAGGUUGAGGACAGACUCAAGUUCUUCGAGAGCGGAGAU